AGAAGAGGCAAUCCUCCCUCUCGCGUGAACUCCCUUUCCGCCCGUUGCGCCGUUCACGCCUAUCGUCGGAAGAUUCAAACGCCACCCGACCACAGCCCGCCUCGAUCUCUUCCCCUAUUCAUCCCUCCACCCUCCUUUUCCAUCCUCCAUUGAAGAAAUAUUUAAAAGCUUGAAGCUUCACUACCAUUCACACCCAACCUUAUUUCUGCAAAAAUUUGGAAAUAGAGGAGACUUUGCAUUGCCAAAAUCCAUCUUCUGAGUAUGCGAGAUUGAAGAUUUUCAAUGAUACAUUGGUUAGAAAGUUUGGAGGGCAGCCACUUGGACCAGACAUGUAUUAUUUGAAAGUUGUGUUGACGGACCUCUUCCGACAGCAUGAAGAGGGGCCCCAUCAUACUUUCAUGUUGUCUAAAACCAAGUUUAGGCAGAGGUCAUCUCACAUUCACAUGCUUUUCAAGUUUUUCUCUGUCGGGCUCAUCUGGUCAGAGAUCUUUUCCCAAUUAUUCACCAAAGAAACCUUCUAUAAAAGAUUCUGAAUUUGUCCACCACAUCUCAAGUAUCCUCAAGCAACGCUGCUAUGAGCCUCUUCGACAAAUUAUGAGGUCCUUUGAGACCAAAUUCAGGCCUGAUCAUCUGGUUUGGGUUCUCAUGGAAAUAAAGAAUGAUUAUACACUAGUUAUGAAAUUAUUCAACUGGUCAUAUAUGAGAAGAUCCCCAUCACUUGAGGCUCGUUGCAUCAUCAUUCAUCUUGCUGUUGCAGCUAAUGAUAUAAACUCGGCUCAUAAACUUUUUCAUGAAUUCUGGACAAGUUCUAGUACUGAUGGCAAUACCUUGUUGGUCUCCCACUUUCUUGAAAAAUUGAUAUACACCUACAAAGAUUGGGGUUCUACUCCCCAUGUCUUUGACAUCUUUUUCCAGGUUCUUACCGAAAUUGGACACCUUGAAGAUGCGCGAAAGCUCUUUGAUAAGAUGUUGAACUAUGGUGUGGUUCUCAGUCUUGAUUCCUGUAACCUGUUUCUUUCCAGAGUUUCAAAAGACAUUGGUGGUCCUCUAAUGUCUUUAAAAGUAUUCCAAGAAUUCUCUGAAGUGGGUAUUAACUGGAAUACUGUAUCAUAUAAUAUAGUUAUUCACUCACUUUGUCAAUCAAGGAAAACCAAAGAAGCUCAUAACUUGCUUCUACAAAUGGAGUUAAGAGGUUGCUUUCCUGAUGCAGUAAGUUACAGUACAGUUAUCAAUGGGUAUUGUAAUGAAGGAGAACUUCAGGCCGUGAUAAAAGUUACUGAAGCUAUGCUGCAGAAAGGUCUGAAGCCAAAUGCAUUUACGUAUAACUGUAUAAUCACUCUUCUAUGCAAGACUGGUAAAAUGGUCGAUGCUGAGAAUAUUUUGAGGGAAAUGAUUUCUCAGGGUGUUUUUCCUGAUAAUGUAGUAUAUACAACACUUAUUGAUGGUUUUAGCAAACUUGGGAAUGCUUCAUCUGCAUUAAGAAUGUUUAAUGAAAUGCAGAGUCAGGAUAUAAUUCCUGAUGUUAUUGCAUAUACUGCUCUAAUUUGUGCCUUUUGUCAGAAUGGAAAAGUAGCAGAUGCAGAUCAGUUUUUUCAUGAAUUGCUAAAUAAUGGGUUGAAACCAGAUGAAUUUAUUUAUACAACACUCAUUGAUGGUUAUUGCAAGGCAGGUGAAAUUAGAAAAGCAUUUUCGCUGCACAAUGAGAUGAUCAAAAUGGAUUUGAAUCCUAAUGUCGUCACAUACACUGCACUGGUUGAUGGGCUGUGUAAACAAGGGGAUGUUGAAACAGCAAAUGUACUUCUUCAUGAGGUGCGUGAAAAAGGACUUAUUCUCAAUAUCUACACAUGGAAUGCGCUUGUCAAUGGUCUUUGCAAAUCUGGGAAUAUAGCACAGGCAGUGAAGUUAAUGAAAGAUAUGGAAGUGGCUGGGAUACAGCCUGAUGUUUUUACCUAUACUACUCUAAUGGAUGCAUAUUGCAAAUCUGGUCAAAUGAAUCUGGCACACCAGCUGCUAAGUGAGAUGUUACAGAGAGGGGUUAAACCAACAAUUGUUACAUUCAAUGUCCUUAUGAAUGGAUUUUGUAUGUCAGGGAUGCUGGAAGAUUGUCAGAAGCUGCUAAGCUGGUUGCUGGAGAACAGUAUAAUGCCUAACGCCACCACUUAUAAUUCGCUUAUUAAACAACAUUGUAUCAGGAAUGAUGUGCAUGCAGCUACUCAAACUUGCCGUGAUAUGUGUGAUCAAGGAGUGGUACCAGAUGGAAAUACCUAUAAUAUACUUAUACGAGGACAUUGCAAAGCAAGGAAUAUGAGAGAAGCAUGGUUUUUGCGUAAGGAAAUGGUUGAAAAGGGAUACAAUCUCACUCUUGAGACCUAUAAUUCACUAAUUAAGGGAUUUAUUAAGAGGAAGAAGUAUAGGGAGGCUAGAGAACUUUUUGAUGAGAUGAGAAAGAAGGGAUUAGCAGCAGAUGAAGAAACAUACUGCACCUUUGCGGAUAUGAAUGAUGCCAACAGGAGUAUCGAUUUGACUUUGAUGUUCCGUGCUGAAGAAGUUAAAAGGGUGACUGAAGUGGAAAAAUUGUGAUGUGGUUGCAUCUAGAUUAAAGUACAUAACAGUAACAGGGCCAAGGAAGUUGUGGAUCUUUGAACUCCCGUGAUGGAGAGGAGGCAGGAUGAGUUUUUCCUAAAAAAAGUAUGUGUACUAAACCUAGCAAAUAGCCACCGGAGGUCUGACUUUAUGAUGCUUUGUGGAUACAGAGGUCAAAUUUGAGAAAGCCAAUACUUUUGGAUGAUCGGUCCAACUCCAGGAGAAGGAAUGUAAAUGUUAGAACUUAGAAACAUUGAAUUUGAUUAACUAGUCCCACAAAGAGCCAAUAGGGAGGACUUUUUUUGGAAGAAGGAAGAAGAGAGUGGAUGAAUUCUAUCUUGAAUACUUCAACUCAGUUUAUGAAGAACGAUGAAUAGGACUUGAUUUUAUGCAUGAAUUGAGAUGACGAUGAAAAUCAGAAUCGGCCAUCAUGAAGAGAUUGAGAUGGGAUCUCAUCCAAGUGAUGGAGAGGCUUUGCUGAUUUAUAAGCCCUUUAGUUGUGUGCAUUUUGUGCAUGAGCUAUUUUACUUCGAUUUCUGUCAAUACCUUGUUUACUAAACUCAUGCUAUCACGCCAAUAUACUCUUGGCAUGGCUUUGGGAGGAAAUGCUAUCAAGCCAGAUGCCAGUAUUACAGAUAGUCAGCUACUGCUUGGCAUAUAUUGGUCUGUUUUGCCAUUUAUCUUGUGUUGAUCAUGUCAUACCAAAGGUUGGCCUCUUGAUGAUGCCGGCACUUGUUUUGAUUCCUUGAUGAAAUAAUUGAUUUCACGAAUACCUUAAAACCACACUGGAUGUUUUUUUA